AUGGAUAAAAGUGAACAGUCUCCACUUCACAAACCCCACAAAGAUAUUGGCAGAAUUGAACAGGUAUCACGGUGUUCUCCCAACCAAUCCUACAAUGGCGAAUCCACCGAAACAAAAGAAUAUUCAAAGUACUCGAAUUUCCUUUAUGGUGAACAAUUCUGCAAUUAUGAGCUACAUUCUCAGUCGAAACGAAAGCGUCAAUGCGAAGAAGAUAUAGGGGAAAGUAACGACGGAGCCAAUCAUGACAAAAAAUCGAAAUUAUCUGUAUCCCCACAUUCAGCCGAUGAUGGAAGCAAUUCAACUUGUUUUGAUGAAGACAGAGAUCUCUCUAAUCUUACUAUCCCCAAUCGCAAGCACUUUUCGUCGCAAAUUAAUUCACCAAUGGCCAUGAGCAGGGACACACCUUUGCAGUACUUAAAUUACCCUAGUGUACCCUUUUUGAGGUCACCCGAGUUUAAAGGAAGAGUAGAUUACAACCACUACCCAUUGCAUAGCCAUCAUAUAAGAGAAGACGCAUGCACCAAAGAUUUCUUUAGUAGCAUCCAACCACCUGGAAUAUUCCCAUACCUUUGUGAUGAUGGCGAAAGUCGUAAUGAUGGCUUAGGAUCUGAGCUUCAUAUUGCUGCCUACAACAAUUUCGUAAGAAAAGUGGUCGACGAGACAUUGGAUAGGACAAUAACCUUUUGCGAGCAACCUAGAAAUGCGAUCAGUGCACUGGAAAGAAUCUGCUCCAAAGCCUGGCCUCAACUAGAAGCCAAGCGCCAUCGGAACCGAAUUCGUGCUUAUCUCAAAGCUUGUCGACGUAAUUCCAAGAAAAACCGAGGUCAAAUCAACAUGAAGGAACCGCCCAUGAAUGCACUUUCUGUUGAGGCUAGACAAAUUGUCACUUCUGCUAUGAAUCUAGUCAGGAAAGACAUCGAACAGUUGAGAGAGGAUUUGAAGAGAGAUAGCAGUCCACCUGCAUUCGCCGCUAAAAAUGGAACACUUCCCAUUAACUUUCAUUGUCCAGAAACAUUCAAUAAUAAUUCCAGUCAUCAUAGAAAGAUCUCUACAAUUUCGACUAAUUCUUCGCUUCAUUCCAAUGCAAAGCCCUCAAUAUUCACGGAAGACCACUACGCGUUACCAAAGUUAAGCGCUUUGCAGAGUGUAAUUCCUCCAAUUCCUUCUCUAUCAAAGCCAUCGACUGAGAGAAGUAUUCCAAAUACUCCCAAUUUAUUGGAUGUACAAUACUUUUCCGCCUUGAUGCGCUUUCUACCCACUUCAUUGCAAUUUAACAAAGAAUUGGGAGUUAAUUUGUGUUCUUCAGAAAAGAAUGGUGCUUCUGUUGAAGCAUGGAAUGAUUAUCGGGAGAACAACUACAAUAAGAAUGAAGGAAAAAUUUUAGGACAAAGGGGAUCCUCCUUGCAAAGCCAGCCCCCACCUGCAGCUCAUUUCUCAAUAGCUAGAUGCUCACCUUCGUUGAGUAGGGCAACUUCUAUGCUUCUUGAAGUUAGACCACUUUCACAGGCGAGUAUUCAGCUAGAUGACCUUGAAUACUUCCAACGCUAUCAGGGCUUAAUGGAAGAGGCAAUUGAAUACGUUCGGGGGGUUUCUCAAAUGUUGAUGAAGAAGGUUGAAAUCAUCGAGGGGCACAUCAAGGAAUCAAAAUUGUCUUGUAGAAUUAACCCUCUUAAUUGUGCAACCAACUAA